AUUCAUAUAUCAUUUUUGAAUUGGCGCCAACUGAAAUAUUCAAAGGAAAAAUUAAAAUAAUAUUUUCAAUUAACAUUUUAUUAUAUUGAAUUUACAUCGAACAAUACGUUAUAUUUCUAUUCAACAUGCAGUCUUUCUUGAAAUCUGGAAAAUUAGGAAAUUCUAAUAUUGAUAAAGGUGCAUCUACCUCCAAAACACAAAAAAAAUCGAAACUGGUACCAUGGGUUGAAAAAUACCGUCCAGAAACUGUUAACGAUGUUGUUGAACAAAAUGAAGUUGUAGCAGUACUUGAACAAUGUAUCAGUGGAGCAGAUUUACCAAAUCUAUUAUUUUAUGGGCCUCCAGGUACUGGUAAAACAAGUACUAUAUUGGCUGCUGCUAGACAACUUUUUGGGGAUAUUUAUCGAGAAAGAAUUUUGGAAUUGAAUGCCUCGGAUGAAAGAGGAAUACAAGUAAUAAGGGAUAAAGUGAAGUCUUUCUCUCAACUGACUGCCAGUGCAAGUAGAAAAGAUGGAAAACCUUGUCCUCCCUUUAAAAUUGUCAUAUUAGAUGAAGCUGAUUCUAUGACACAUGCAGCUCAAGCAGCUUUAAGAAGGACUAUAGAAAAAGAGACGAAAACUACAAGGUUCUGUUUAAUUUGCAAUUAUGUCUCUAGGAUUAUUGAACCAUUGACUUCUCGAUGCAGCAAAUUCAGGUUCAAACCUUUGAAUGAAACGAAGAUACAUGAAAGACUAAGGUUGAUUUGUGACAAAGAAAGUAUAAAUUGUGAUGAUGUUGCAAUGAAAACUCUUGUAGAAACUAGUGGUGGAGAUAUGAGAAGAGCAAUAACAUGUCUUCAGAGUUGUGCUAAACUACAAGGAACUGAUACUCCCAUAAGUACAGAAACUGUGUUGGAAGUAACAGGGGUGGUUCCACAAAAAUGGUUAACAGAAUUUGUAGAAGUUUGUAAAAAGAAAAAUUACAUGGAUGCUGUUGAUUUUAUAAAAAAGUUUGGAUACGAAGCAUAUUCCGCAUCACAGUUUUUAGAACAAUUCAAUGUGUUUUUGGUUAAGUCAGAAUGUUUCUCUGAUGAGCAAAAGUCUAUAAUAGGAGAAAAAUUAGGGAGCAUCAAUUAUUAUGUACAGGAUGGUGGCAGUGAAUAUAUUCAAUUGUGUUCGCUUGCAGCAACAGUCUGCAUGACCUUCUAAAAAUGUUUAGCCUAUAUUUUUAAUAAAUUCUUUCUUUAUUA